AUGCAAUCAUAUUAUUCUUCAUCAUUACUAUUACGAACAUCAUGUAACACAGUCACAUUUCAAGAUGAACAAUAUCAACAACAAUUUCAACCUCUCAUAUCAUCAUCAUCAUCUACACGACUUUAUCGUUAUUCUCAUGAACCACUGAGUACAAAUUUAUUAAGGCGAGAUAUUCCACCAAUUUUAAUCAUCUUAUUUUUCUUAUUUUUAGUUAUAAUUACAUCAUAA